AUCUACAACAUGGGUCUAUCAAGGCUCACCACAACUUUCAAACUUUAGUAGCAGAAGUGCAGGAGCUGGAGACAGCUGGAGACAGCACUGACAGCCACUGAGUCUGGGAUUCUACCGUUGUUUUUCCUAUUUAUUUCAUGUUUUAGCCCGUUUUUCUUUCUGUACGUCACUUUCACAGCUCUUUAAUUAGGUCUCUCCAUCACUUUUACAACUCUGUAAUUUAGCGCUCGCUGUUUCUGCGUGAGACACCGACUUGCCGCGAGCCGAACAUCAGAAAAGAGACAGAAAAGAGGCUUUUUUUUCUUUUUGCUCGAUUUAAGCAAGCCGUGUGCCAUCACUCGGUGGUCUUUGCUGGAAUGAAUAUAUCUGAGUCUAGUUACUGUCAAGAGCCCACCACUCAGCCCAGCCAGGUCGUGGAGCGCGGAGGAGCAUGGGCCGCUUCCCCCAGCCCGGAGGGCCCUGACCGGAGCCACGGAUUUGACCACGGCCUGACCACGGAGCUGGGGUCUCGCUCCGGAGGUGCCGCAGGGGACACGGAGAGGAGGACGGGCAGCCUGGACUCGACCCGUCCAGGGGCGGGCACCGACGGGAAGUGCGGGGGCGAGAACAGGAUCCGCAGGCCCAUGAACGCCUUCAUGGUGUGGGCUAAAGACGAGCGCAAGCGCCUGGCGCUGCAGAACCCCGAUCUGCAUAACGCUGUGCUGAGCAAAAUGCUGGGUCAGUCCUGGAAGUCCCUGAGCACACUGGACAAGCGUCCGUUUGUAGAGGAAGCCGAGAGGCUCCGGCUGCAGCACCUGCAGGAUCACCCCAACUACAAAUACCGUCCCCGCCGCAAGAAGCAGCCCAAGAAGAUGAAGCGAGUGGAACCGGGCCUGCUCCUACACGGCCUGGCUCAAGGAGUGGCUGGAGGCCCCGGAGCUGGAGACGGCUAUCCUCAACACCCUCAUCCCCACCACCUGCUUCCCUCCCUGGGGCACUUCCGGGACCUCCAACCUCCCACGCCUUCAGAACUGGAGAUUUACGGCCUUCCCACUCCAGAGAUGUCCCCUCUGGACGUUCUGGAGGAGGGCGGAGGAGACUCGGUCUUCUUCCCUCCUCACAUGCAAGAAGACGUAGGCAUGGCAACGUGGGUCAACUACCACCAGCACCAAAACCACAGCCUCCACGGAGGCCACCACAAUCAUUCCAGCCACCACCACCAUCACCAUCAUCACCACCACCCCCCUAACCCUCAUUCCCUUCAGCACACUCACCCACACCUCAACCACAAGUCCCCUCUGGCCUGCAGACCCGUCCAGGAAAAGUGCUUGGGCCCUGAGCCUACGAACCCUCAGGGUCUGUACCCUCCCCAGACCCCAAGUAUGGGUCUACAAGACCAAGCCAAAGCACAGCCGCCAACUAGUACUACCCCUCUUCAAAGUAGCAGCUACUAUGUAGGUCAGAUGUAUGGAACCAGCCAGCAACCGCCAGCCUUUACCUCCCAACUUGGGCAACUAUCGCCGCCUCCAGAGUCUUCCAACGCUACUUCUGUUCCCUCGGCUUCCCAAGUUCCUCAGGUUCCUCAGGGCCCUCCAUCUGCUCUGGAGGCUAGCGACCAGCUGGGGCCCUCGGCGGACUUCUGGAGCGAGGUGGACCGACACGAGUUUGAGCAGUAUCUGAGUGCCAGCAGGACUCGAGUGGGCAGGGGGACGUGCGAGGAGAGCAGUACCCUCAUUUCGGCACUUUCCGACGCCAGCAGUGCCGUCUACUACAGCGCCUGUAUUACUGGAUAGAAUAGGAUAAGAUAGGGUAGUGCAUAAGUAGCAAUAAGUUUGUCCAUUACUAGUGUUUUGUUGCUGCCAUAAGAAGAUAAUAACCUUGUUUCAAUAUGGAUGACAUUAAACAUUCAGUAGACUAUGUUAUUUUGGAUGAAUUCUAAGGAUUUUAACUAAUUUUUAAACAAUCGCAGAAGGUAUUUGAUAUGACAACAACAAAAUACUGGUUUUAGACUUAUUAAACAAAACAAAUCAAAAAUACCAGCUGUCUUUAAAACACAAAUGUGUGAACAAUUCAUUUAAUGAUGAAUGAAUGGAGGGACCACUCGCAAACCUUUUAAGCCCUUUUUUCCCUUUUUUUUAGGCUAAAGUCACACCAACAUAUGUUGUGCCAGUUUUCCCAGAGCCAGAUUGAGGCCAAGCCUAGACCAAAUGGAUUUUUUUUGUAAUGGUGCUACACCACUUAAUCUGCAAACUGCAACUUAGUCCAAGACUU